AUGCGUGGUGUUCCCCAUGCGUGGUGUUCCCCAUGCGUGGUGUUCCCCAUGCGUGGUGUUCCCCAUGCGUGGUGUUCCCCAUGCGUGGUGUUCCCCAUGCGUGGUGUUCCCCAUGCGUGGUGUUCCCCAUGCGUGGCGUUCCCCAUGCGCGGUGUUCCCCAUGCGCGGUGUUCCCCAUGCGCGGUGUUCCCCAUGCGCGGUGUUCCCCAUGCGCGGUGUUCCCCAUGCGCGGUGUUCCCCAUGCGCGGUGUUCCCCAUGCGCGGUGUUCCCCAUGCGCGGUGUUCCCCAUGCGCGGUGUUCCCCAUGCGCGGUGUUCCCCAUGCGCGGUGUUCCCCAUGCGCGGUGUUCCCCAUGCGCGGUGUUCCCCAUGCGCGGUGUUCCCCAUGCGCGGUGUUCCCCAUGCGCGGUGUUCCCCAUGCGCGGUGUUCCCCAUGCGCGGUGUUCCCCAUGCGCGGUGUUCCCCAUGCGCGGUGUUCCCCAUGCGCGGUGUUCCCCAUGCGCGGUGUUCCCCAUGCGCGGUGUUCCCCAUGCGCGGUGUUCCCCAUGCGCGGUGUUCCCCAUGCGCGGUGUUCCCCAUGCGCGGUGUUCCCCAUGCGCGGUGUUCCCCAUGCGCGGUGUUCCCCAUGCGCGGUGUUCCCCAUGCGCGGUGUUCCCCAUGCGCGGUGUUCCCCAUGCGCGGUGUUCCCCAUGCGCGGUGUUCCCCAUGCGCGGUGUUCCCCAUGCGCGGUGUUCCCCAUGCGUGGUGUUUCCCAUGCGUGGUGUUCCCCAUGCGUGGUGUUCCCCAUGCGUGGUGUUCCCCAUGCGUGGUGUUCCCCAUGCGCGGUGUUCCCCAUGCGCGGUGUUCCCCAUGCGCGGUGUUCCCCAUGCGCGGUGUUCCCCAUGCGCGGUGUUCCCCAUGCGCGGUGUUCCCCAUGCGCGGUGUUCCCCAUGCGCGGUGUUCCCCAUGCGCGGUGUUCCCCAUGCGCGGUGUUCCCCAUGCGCGGUGUUCCCCAUGCGUGGUGUUCCCCAUGCGUGGUGUUCCCCAUGCGUGGUGUUCCCCAUGCGUGGUGUUCCCCAUGCGUGGUGUUCCCCAUGCGUGGUGUUCCCCAUGCGUGGUGUUCCCCAUGCGUGGUGUUCCCCAUGCGUGGUGUUCCCUUGCGUGUUCUCCCACCGGCACCCUUGAGGUGAGGUGGAGGUGCGAGACGAAGUGGCGGAUAAGCUGA